ACGCCAUUGUGAGCCGUAAGGGCAGACGCGGGUCGGAUACCGCACCAGUCAUGGCGCAAACAGCAGACAUGCCCACAUUUAAAUGUGUUCUUUUGGGAGAUGGUGGCACUGGCAAAACCACAUUUGUCAAGCGUCACCUGACUGGAGAGUUUGAGAAAAAAUAUGUGGCUACACUUGGUGUGGAAGUUCACCCUUUGGUAUUCCAUACAAACAGAGGAGCCAUCAGGUUUAAUGUGUGGGAUACUGCGGGACAAGAAAAGUUUGGUGGUCUGCGUGAUGGUUAUUAUAUUCAGGGCCAGUGUGCCAUUCUGAUGUUUGAUGUCACAUCAAGAGCCCACCUACAAGAAUGGUCCCAACUGGCACAGAGACCUGGUCAGAGUUACUAUGACAUCUCAGCCAAGUCCAACUACAACUUCGAAAAGCCUUUCCUAUGGCUGGCGAGGAAGCUGAUUGGUGACCCGAACCUCGAGUUUGUGGCCAUGCCUGCACUGGAGCCGCCGGAAGUCCAGAUGGACCCGCAGUGGCAGAAGCAGAUCGAGAGCGAGCUGAAGGUCGCCACCGAGACGGCGCUACCCGAAGACGACGAGGACCUGUGAGCGGUGCUGCCGCUGUGUCCGCACCAUGCCUCCGCUGCCACGCACCCAUAGAGCGGCGCUGGGCUGCAUUCCUCCGCGGGCCGUGCCUAAUCACCCUGCUCUCUUGACUUAGUUCCAGGCUAACGUCCCUGCGCACUUCUGCUGUGCCGCACGCGUCUGUGUCAACGCCGCCAUAAUCAGCAGGACGUGACAUUGCGGUUGAAUGUUCUUGUUCAUUGAUAACGUGCCGACGAUGGCAAAUAAACCAUGUAAUUUUCGCCUGGC